UUGAACCGGGUAGUUCAGCGCUCCGGCGAUUCUCAAUUGAUGACUGUCCGUCUCUUCGUACAUUGCACAAGAAGAGUAGACUGGCUAGUGUACGCUAGUUUGAGCCGUCCUCUAUUCCAAUAUCUUUCGGAACUGUUGUUGACAUUCAACAGUGAAGGGGACUUGUCCAAAAAGUUAACAUUUUGGAGUGAUCAUAAGGAGCGCAUUUACCCAAACGUGUAGGUCCUCGUUAAAGACUGUCCACCAGGGAUGUUCGACCUAACGAAGGAAUGGAACCUGUCAUUCGCCGGCUGCGGGUUCCUGGGGAUCUAUCACAUCGGAGUGGCCAGCUGCCUGUCGGAACAAGCGCCUUACCUUAUCAAAGGUGCCACCAAGAUCUACGGGGCUUCAGCUGGUUCCCUCUCUGCCUCGAUGCUCGCCAGCCAGGCAUCCAUAGCUAAGUGCUGUGAGGAUGUGAUCGAGACUGUCAUGGAGGCCCGGAAGCGUAACCUGGGUCCCCUCCACCCCUCCUUCAACCCGCUCAAGAUCAUCAGGUCGGGCCUGGAGCGCGACCUGCCCGCCAAUGCUCACACACUCGCCUCCGGGAGGCUGUGUGUGUCACUCACUCGCGUGUCUGAUGGACAAAACGUCAUCGUGUCCGAGUUCAAGUCCAAGGAGGAGCUCAUCCAGGCGCUGCUGUGUAGCUGUUUCAUCCCCAUAUACUGUGGCCUGAUCCCCCCAUCCUUCCAAGGAGUGCGUUAUGUGGAUGGGGGCAUCAGUGACAACCUUCCUCAGUCAGAGCUGAAGAACACCAUCAGCAUCUCUCCGUUCUCAGGCGAAAGCGACAUCUGUCCCCGGGACACCUCCUUCAACUUCCACGAGCUUCGUUUCACCAACACCUCCAUCCGGUUGAACCUGAGCAACAUGUACCGCCUCAGCAAGGCCCUGUUCCCCCCAGAACCCAAGGUCAUGGCAGAGAUAUGUCAGAGUGGCUACAAGGACGCCCUUCGCUUUCUUGAGGAGAACCAUCUGCUAAAGCUGGAGUGUCCGACUGCCGGCCCCUACCUAUCAGAAGCCACCUGCUGCUGCAAGCCCAUCGCCAUGGAAACCACUAAGAACUGGAUGUUCUGGCGUCUCCGCCUCCUGAGGAAGCAACACUGGUGGUUGGAUGAGCAGAUUGUUGACAACCUGCCAACCCAAAUCAAGAAAGUGUUCUGUGAGGCGUGCCAGCAGAAGCCUGGUCUGUAUGCUCAGGUGUCUGAGAUGCUGCUGGUCAGAGUGGCCUCCUACAUGCUCCUGCCCUGCACACUACCUGUGGUAUCAGCCUACUCAGUGGGCAAGAGGUUUGUGGAGUGGAUCCCAGAGGUGCCUGCAGACAUGCGUUGGCUAGCUGGGGUGGCUGGGGAUGUUGCUGGGAGCGUGUACAGACAGGCCUGGAGAGGAGCACCAGCAGACAUAACCAGUGAUGGUUCCCUGAGGAAUUGCACGAGCCUGCCCCCACCCCUGGAACGUGACGGACAAAGGGAGAGAGACUGUCACCUCGCCGGGUUCGCUCGCUCUGCUCUCAAAUUCCAAAGCCAAUACUGGAACAUCCCCACCGCCCCCUCUUCCCACUGCCCCACCAGCCCCCACUCGCCCAGCCCCUCCCCUCGACAGAUCUGCUUCAGUGUUCAUUUUGGCACUCUUUUUUAGAUCCAUUCUAGUCUGUCAUUUUGACUAAAAUAUCAUUAAAUCUUAGUCACAUUUUUGUGAUUUGAAUAAUGAUUUAGUCAUUGUUAAAAUGAUGAAAAGAGAGCCGUUUUAGUCAACUAAAUGCCCUUUCAUUUUAGUUAUAUUUUAGUCCACAUCACAUUUGUAUUGCCUCAUUAGCCACAAACCACGUUUCCAUCCAGUGUUUUUAUGGGAGUAGUCAUAUCAAAGAUUUGUAUAACUAACCCAAGAUGGACCAUAACUACUGAGAUGGUAGGCUAUUCAAGAAAUAAAUGGUUCUAUCCAACAUGUCCAAGCAGGA